AUGGAGGCGCCUCUGCAGACGGAGAUGCUGGACCUGGUGCCCAAUGGCAAGCACUCGGAGGGGCUGCACCCAGCGGGCACCCCCGCCGCAGGCAACGAGAGGGUCCCAGGCCCGCGGCGGAGCCACGUGGAGGGCGAGGGCUUCCUACAGCAAAGCCCGGGCAAGGAGCCGCACUUCACCGACUUUGAGGGGAAGACCUCGUUCGGGAUGUCGGUGUUCAACCUGAGCAACGCCAUCAUGGGCAGCGGCAUCCUGGGCCUGGCCUUCGCCAUGGCCAACACGGGCAUCGUCCUCUUCCUGUUCCUGCUGACGGCCGUGGCCCUGCUCUCCAGCUACUCCAUCCACCUGCUGCUCAAAUCCUCGGGGGUCGUGGGGAUCCGUGCCUAUGAGCAGCUGGGCUACCGCGCCUUCGGGACCCCCGGCAAGCUGGCGGCCGCCCUGGCCAUCACGCUGCAGAACAUCGGAGCCAUGUCCAGCUACCUGUACAUCAUCAAGUCCGAGCUGCCCCUGGUCAUACAGACCUUCCUGAACCUGGAGGAGAAAACUUCGGACUGGUACAUGAAUGGGAACUACCUGGUGAUCCUGGUCUCUGUCACCAUCAUCCUGCCCCUGGCACUGAUGCGGCAGCUCGGCUACCUGGGCUACUCCAGCGGCUUCUCGCUCACCUGCAUGGUCUUCUUCCUCAUCGCAGUCAUCUACAAAAAGUUCCAGGUGCCAUGCCCGCUGCUCUCCAACUCGGCCAACACCACAAGCAACUCCAGCCUUGGGGAGGGGACGCCGCCCCUGGUGGAGACUUUCAGCUCAGACUCCUGCACCCCAAACUACUUCACACUCAACAUACAGACGGCGUACACCAUCCCCAUCAUGGCCUUCGCCUUCGUCUGCCACCCCGAGGUGCUGCCCAUCUACACGGAGCUCAAGGACCCCUCCAAGAGGAAGAUGCAGCACAUCUCCAACCUGUCCAUCGCCGUCAUGUACGUCAUGUACUUCCUGGCCGCCCUCUUCGGCUACCUCACCUUCUACGACCGCGUGGAGUCGGAGCUGCUGCACACCUACAGCCAGGUGGACCCGUUCGACGUGCUGAUCCUGUGCGUGCGCGUGGCCGUGCUGACGGCGGUCACACUCACAGUGCCCAUCGUGCUGUUUCCGGUGCGCCGUGCCAUCCAGCAGAUGCUGUUCCCGAACCGGGAGUUCAGCUGGCUGCGGCACGUGGUCAUCGCCGUCGGCCUGCUCACCUGCAUCAACCUGCUGGUCAUCUUCGCCCCCAACAUCCUGGGCAUCUUCGGGAUCAUCGGUGCCACGUCCGCCCCGUGCCUCAUCUUCAUCUUCCCUGCCAUCUUCUACUUCCGCAUCGUGCCCACCGAGAGGGAGCCUGCCAAGUCCACCCCCAAGAUCCUGGCCCUUUGCUUCGCUGUGCUUGGCUUCUUGCUGAUGACCAUGAGCUUGAGCUUCAUCAUCAUUGACUGGGUGUCGGGGACCAGCCGGCAAGGAGGAAGCCACUAG